AUGGACACCGUGAUUGCAAGCUUCAAUUCCGGCCAGGGCCUGGGGAGCCUGAUUCAAUAUGCCUGUAUCGGCGCAAAUGUCAUGUUCCUUUCUAGUGCUCUCAUCACUUCCUUCACGUCCUUUCUGAUCGGCCCUUUUUACCACUUCGAUUCGCAGCCCAUUUGGAUGUUUACGAGCUUUUGUUCCUUUGCAGUGGCUUGCUUCAACAUCACUAUUGUUGGAACCAUCUCCUCUAGGUUUCGCACCAUUGCAGACAGCGUCCCUGAACCGGGCUAUGAAGACAAGCAAGCUCUCAACCUGAAAACUGCAUUCUAUCUCAGCACAAUCCUGGGCGGCAUAUUUGCUAGCGCUACAGCGUUCCUGGCCUUCCUUUGGGGUCGAGCGGCAUUUGAGAGUAUACCUUUUAUUGUGCCAUGCAUUUUUGGUGUCCUUGCCGUACUAAUUGAUGUGGCCGCGAUCUAUGACAACUUCAAGCGAUUCAGAGAGGAAACCCGGCAGUUGUUGAGCUGGGACGAUUGA